ACGCGGCUUCUUACCGAGGAAGAAGAACUGGUGGGAAAUUUGACAGUGCGGAGAAAAAGUUGGCUAACACCGCCAAGAAGCCACAGUUUUUAAAUUAUAAACACUCAAACGACAUGGACCGCUACGUUUUGGUCAUAUGCUUUUGUCAAAGUGAUGACCACUCGACGGACGAUCAUAAAUGUCUGGAGCCAUUAAAUAAUAUCUAUAAAAGACUCGUGGAGAUCUCCGCUCAGGAGUCAGAGAAAUGCAUUUCCGAGUUUCCAGCCUGCUCCCUUAGUGGCAGCCCAACAACUCCGAGGUGGCACUUCGCUGCGCAGGCGUGCCGGGGAGCCGCACAAUUUUGCAGCUCUGAUUGGGAAGAGUUGGGGACAAACCAUCAGAAAACAGACUCUGAGGAGGAGAGCCUUACUACACCUGAAGCAUGUCUGACCUCUCUUGACAACCAGGAGGCUGCAGACCAAACAGAUGGCCGGCCAGCACUGGCAGAGCUGUUAGAAGAGGCUGCAGACGGACUUCAUCAGCUGACGGACAAGCUGCCACCACCAGGAAAAGCCUUGCUGGACGUCCUGCUGCUGGCCUCGGCCGAGAAGCCGCCCUCAGUCAAAGAGCUGCUGGCUCUGCUGGGAGCCCUGAAACACAUGGCCUGCUGGCAUGCUGCAAAGAUCAAUAUCGUCACACAGAACGUUGAUGGGUGGGAAAAGGUAGCAUCCUCUCUGAGCGCCGGUCUGAUCCAGCCUGCCGACCUGUUCACCUGCAUCGACCGCAGGGAACUGUGGAGGGGAGGCCUGCUUAUCAGGGAAAACAAGUUUGUGUCAGAACUCCGCUUUGAUGGCUUUUCCCUGCGCUCUCCUGGCAAUCAGACAUCAGACCCCAGGCUCUUCCAGGCUCCUACCACAGAUCACAAACUAAACUCCGAGGUCUUCCAUUACUAUGCUCCAGUUUUAGACUUGGUUCAGCUGGUUGAUCUCUCAGACCUGCCCACCUUCCUGAUGUCCAACACUCAGUUCGAGUUAGGCCUGUCUGGGAAGUCAGUGAAAGCUCAGCUUCUCUUGGACCAGCUGAGGACUCUUCGUGGAAAGAUUGGCGCUUUGUUCAGCCUGUCCUGCAUAGUUACUCCCCUCGCCCAGCCUCCAGCCAGCCAACUAAGCUCCCAGCGCUGGAAAGACUGUUUAUCCCGCACACAAAAGUUCUUCCUUGGGCCCGACGUUGAGGUGAAAGGUGAGAGCGCCGUCUACUUCCUGUUGGUCCAGGGAACAGACGAUGUCGGCUCUGCUACCUGCAGGGUCAGGAUGAUGCGCUCGCACAGUCAGCUCAAUGGAGCUGCUGCUAUGGCAACCGUCUCCAGCUUGCUACGGGAGAAGCCUCUUUCAGCAGGAGACGCCGACAGCAACUUCCUCCAUCGUCUGAGGUGUCUCCAAGGAGAAUCCCUCCUGAAGAGGGAAAGAAAGGUGGCCCGGGUUCAGGCGCUGCUUCUAAAAGAAUAUAUUAGGCAGAAAGAAGAAGCUUCGGCCUCGUGUCUGGUCCCCGUCAAUGACCUGAAGGCCAUGCUGAACCUGGCCAGGGAGCAGUACCUGAAGAUGUGUGACUCCACUCUUCCAGCUGCCGCCAGCUGUCUCACAAAUGAGCAGCAGGCCGGAUGUACAGAGUCAAAGGCUGUUCCCCAACAACCCUCAGACUGGCCUGAGAGAACCGUCCUCCACAACGUGGAAAACCUGCAGAGAACGCGGCAGAGGAAGAGGCUCGGCCUGCUAGGCCCGGGCUCCAGUGAAAGCCUGUUGGGUCCCAAAGACUGCCAGAGGGGCUCAUCUGCUUUGCUCGAUGCCAAAGAACUUCUAAAGCACUUCACAUCUGAUGGCUUGCCCACCGGGGAUUUACAACCGCUGGCUGUCAGCAGAGGUAAUAACAUGUUCCAGCUGACGCCGGACCUCUCUCCCAGGAGGAUCAGCAGGAUGCCCUUCAGCCAAGCCUCGUCAUCCCAUUACCACGGCAUAGAAUUCUGCCUGGACAACCAGCGAUCCCUGGACCGAGACCAGGCUUUCCUGCGCCUCCAGUCCCGUCUCAUUCGCUACGAGACCCAGACGACCUGUUCCAAGGAGCCCUGUGCUCUCCCCUUCGCCCUCAGCCCCGCCCCCUCGCCUGCUGUUUUGUCAGAACCGGGAAGCGUUCCCGACGGAGAGACCCUCCAGAACAACGACGUGGCGCAGCUGAAGCGCAGGUCCUGGGACACCGACGUGGCGGCAGGUUAUCCUCGCAAGAGGCUGGUGAAGUCGGAGAGCAGUGACUCGCUGUGUUCGCAGAGCAGCGGCAGCAGCGGUCCACCUCCAGCCCUAAUGUGCCUACGGCAGCAAGCGACCAGGUCUCAGUCCGCCUCAUCCUGUAAGAGCGUCUCCUCCGCCUCAAGACGCCCGUCAGGUUUGACGAAUCCACCGUGUCCUGAGAGACCUAAACUCCAGCAGCAGAAGGUCACCCAGGGACAAGCUGAGGACAAAGCUGCCAAAGAGUCCCGCUCCCAGAAACACAACAGGAUGCUGCUGGAGAUUGUAGCUAAAACGCUAAAACACCAUGGGAUCACUGGCGAGCAUGAGUGCUUUGAGGCCUGCAGCAAAAGACUGUUUGACAUCUCCAAGUUUUAUCUCAAGGAUCUGAAGACAUCUCGUGGUCUGCAUGAUGAAAUGAAAAAAGCAGCCAGCAGUAACGUUAAACAGGUUGUUGACUGGGUGCUGGAGAAAAGCUCCAAGAAAGGGAGGUGACCAUCAAUAACGAGCGCCACGUAGACGGCUUUAAUUGAUGUUUGCUGAGGGUUUUGCCUCAGCGAGCAGCUUUUGUUAUAUAUUUUAACACGUUCGCAAGAGUGAUUGAUGUUUUAAACUUUUGAUUGGUUUUAAAUUGUUAGAUUAAGCUCAUUUAAUUAACCUAAUCCUUUAUUUGAUUUCCCUUUCUUUUUCUUUCCAAGAAACUUUUCAAAGAAAGCUGGCAUUUUUAAACCUGUGUGUGUAUAGUUGUGUGUGUUAAACCUACUGAUAUGUGCCAAGCAGAACACAAACCAGACAGAGCCACCCUGCUCAAGAGGCCCCUAGGGGGGUGAUUUUUGCUUUUACGUAGCUAAAGCUAUGCUUGCUUACUGGUUUCUGUUAUUUCAGACUUAAAUUUACCUUUGUUUCUAAACAUGAAUCAUUUUUUAUUUGUAAAUUUAAUUUUUAAACACAAUAAAUGUAUUUUAUCUUUUGUGCA